UCCCCCAACAUCCUUCUUGAAAACCCAAGCCACACCUCCUUAUUAAAAACCACCAAACCAUGCCGCCUUUAUUAAUAACACUGAAGCCACACUUCCUUAAUUAGUAGUAAAAACACAGUGCUUGCGGAGCCAGGGGAAACCAAGCAUGACCGGGGCAUGAGUAGAAGAAAAGACCAAGAAGGUAAGCCCACCGGGUGCCCAUCCAGGGCCCGGACCCGGAGAGUCUCCGGUAAUGGCUCCGUCUUCAGGCUCAGUUGACGGGCAAGGUCUAGAUCCAUAAAUUCUGCGUCCGCCCCAGAGUCCACAAAGGCCGCAAGCAAAAAGUCCUGAGUACCGAACGGAUGCGGAUCUUGACUAAGGGUUUGGAAGGGACUGGUAGGAUGCGGCUCGCCAUGGCCCCCUCCGUCAAUGACGAGCCCGCCCUUUUGCUGGACAUGAAGCAGCCAUAUUCUUGGCUUCACCACAAUAGAGACAAAGCCCCUGGGAACGGCGUCUUUCCUUUUCUGAUAGAGACAGGUGCCGAUGUGCAAUUACCAUAGGCUGCUGUGGGGAUGAGGCCGAGCAGGAGUAGUCCGGAGGGGAGUAUGGUGGCAGGCCGGAGGCGUGUGGUAGGCCCGCUCCAGAUGGCGCGUAACACACUGAACGUUGUUCACGUAUUCUUCGGUCAAUUCGAAUGGCCAGGGCGAUCAAGGUAUCCAGACCAGGGGGAAGCUCACGGGCAGCUAGCUCGUCCUUCACCUGGGCUGAGAGUCCCUGAAAGGUGGUGUCAUGUAGAGCGGUGCGAUCCCACCCACUGUCAGUGGCAUCCAUGCGGAAAUCUGCAGCGUACUCAGCCACUGAACGCUCACCCUGCAGCGAGCGUGCGGCAUUCACUGGGUUAUCACUGGGAAAUCCGAAAGUGAAAGUAAACUUUCCACGGGAAAAAAAUGAAGACAGGAAGGUCUCAAAAAAGCUCGGAGCCGAACGAGACAAUCUGGCAGCAAGCGCAAGCAGCCGGCAGCUACUUAUACAGAAACAAGAUGGCGGGCAUGCCGGUGUCGCCGGCUGAAAGAUGGCGCUGAACCGGAAGCGGAUGUCGUGACCGCUGAAAUGUUCGAGCGGCUGGCUGACACAGGCCACACCUCCUUUUUGGAGUUCAGACUCGGCUAUGCCUCCUCGGUUAUCGUGUUCUUCUGCAACACCUACUACAUCAUGGUCCUGGCAUGGGCUUUCUAUUACCUUAUAAAAUCCUUCACCGCUGUACUGCCGUGGUCCACUUGCACAAACUACUGGAACACGGAGAACUGCAUCGAGACCUUCCGCCAUGACGCCUGCAGGAACGGCACCAACUCCAACUACACCUUCAUGAACAAGACCUGCGAGGAGUUAGAGAACGCCACCUCGCCCAUCAUCGAGUUUUGGGAGAACAAGGUGCUGCAUAUCUCUGAAGGUCUGGACAGUCCGGGUCAGAUCAACUGGGAGGUGACUUUGUGUCUGUUGGCCGUCUGGGUGUUGGUUUACUUCUGCGUUUGGAAAGGAGUGAAGUCUACAGGAAAGAUUGUAUAUUUCACUGCCAUGUUCCCCUACCUUGUCCUGCUCAUUCUUCUGGUGAGAGGUGUGACCCUUCCUGGGGCCGAUGAUGGAAUAAUGUACUAUCUCAAGCCUAACUGGUCAAAGAUUCAAGAAGCACAGGUCUGGAUCGAUGCCGGCACUCAAGUGUUCUUUUCUUACGCGAUCGGACUCGGAGCGCUGAGCGCUCUUGGCAGUUAUAACCGAUUCAACAACAACUGCUACAGGGAUACGUUCGUGUUGGCCCUGAUAAACAGCGGUACCAGUUUCUUUGCUGGCUUUGUGGUUUUCUCCAUUCUGGGUUUCAUGGCUGCUGAGCAAGGUGUGGACAUCUCCGAAGUGGCAAAGUCAGGGCCGGGUCUGGCGUUCAUCGCGUAUCCCAAAGCCGUGUCGAUGAUGCCCGUGGCACCGGUCUGGUCCACACUCUUCUUCCUAAUGUUGCUGAUGCUGGGUCUGGACAGUCAGUUUGUUGGAGUUGAAGGCUUCAUCACUGGCAUCCUGGAUCUGCUCCCUUUAAAGUAUAGCAAACGUAAAAUUAUUGUGGCGUCCUGCUGCAUCUUGUGCUUUUUUAUAGAUCUCUCCAUGGUUACACAGGGAGGGAUAUACGUCUUCCAGCUUUUUGAUUAUUAUUCUGCCAGUGGAAUGACCCUGUUGUGGCAGGCAUUCUGGGAAUGCAUUGUUGUGGCUUGGGUUUAUGGUGCUAACAGGUUUAUGGAUGACAUUGCCCGUAUGAUCGGUUACCGGCCUUUCCCUUGGAUGAAGUGGUGCUGGUCGUUUUUUACUCCAUGUGUUUGCAUGGGAAUUUUCAUGUUCUACCUCGUGAACUACAAGCCUCUAACCUACAACAGUGUGUACGUGUACCCGUGGUGGGGAGAGAUGAUCGGAUGGUGUAUGGCUCUCUCCUCCAUGCUCUGCAUCCCCAUUAGUGUCGCCUACAAGCUCAUCAUGGCCAAAGGAUCCUUCCGACAGCGCUGGGAAAGUCUGACCAAACCCGUAUGGGGUGCACAUCACCUGGAAUACAUGGCCCCCGGCACUAACACUCAAAACCUGCUGUCCUCGUCCCCCGGAACCGAAGACAACGAAGUCAUCAUCUUGAAGAGCAGCAUGUUGCCCGCGAGGUUGAAGGGUCCGCGCGAAGCAAAAAUAACGAAGAAAACAACAACAAUCCCGAAGACAAGCUGAUAAUGCUGCUGCUCGAAGCCGUUCUCCAGUUCAGAUUUUACACUCGUUUGUAUUUAAACAAGCAUCGUUUCAAAACAUGUUUCAUUUCAGUUCAAAUUCAAUUCACUUGUAUAGCGAUUUUAACAGUUUUAAAGAAAUGAUACAUUGUUAUUAUUAUUAUUAUUAUUAUAUAAAUUAUUAAUGUAAACGUAUAUAAAAAUGCUCCCUAUGAGUUUCUCUCUAAUGAGAUUUCACUGGAUUCUAAAGGGAACCUAUCAGAUCAACUCUAAUUAUGACCUGAGUGAUGUAGCUGAGGCUGAGGAACUGUCCGAGCCAAGCGUAUGCUUCAGACACUGUAGCACAAAUUAGAUCCCAAAUCUAUCGUCACUUACACGUGCUCGAGACGAGGAGGAUACACACACACACACACACACACACACACACACACACACACACACACACACACACGGAUAUAAACGUACACAAUGAAAUCUACACUUAUAGAAUUGCUGUAGAAACAGCGAUCGGGUCCACUGUAUUUA